AAAAAAUCGCGCCUUUGUUGGUUUCAAGUAAAGCUUUACCAUUGAGAAUUCCCUGAAUCCAGACUUUUGCCAGCCUCAGCAAGCCACCUGUCGUUGUCACUCAAAAGGUGACCGAAUUCGACAGAACAGCUUCCUCUGUUCGUCCCUUGUCCCUAGAGCAGUUUUCCACCGUACUGUCCUCUGUUCCCAUCGUCGUCGCCAAAUUCUACUACGACGGUUUCAUAGCUCAGCAGAUCCUCCCGACCUAUCACAAAUUAUCCCGGCGAUACGUGAAUGAAAGCAAGAUCGUAUUCACAACAAUCAAACUCGACCACCAAGCUGAUUUCGCAAACUCAUAUGGCGUCGGGAGGAAGCCGACGUAUAUGAUAUUCAAAAACGCUCGAAGGAUAGCAACAAUCGUAGAUCCGAACCCAGAGAAACUCGAGGAAUUCCUGAACGGCCUCAAGGAAGAAUCGGAGAACAUGGACACGACAGAAGCGGGCAAUCCCAAGGUGGACGAGCCAUGGCAUGGAGCUGAACUGCCUCGAGGAUACGUGGACGUCACCGACCAGGUCAACUUUCUGGGUUUGGAACUGUUGAACUGGGACUCGUCGCACGGGAACGCGAGGAAACUGAUUAGCAAAGACAAGCCGUUGGGCACACCAGAGGCAAAGGUAGACUUUGUACAAAGCGACACGGACGAACAAUUGAUGCUUUACAUUCCAUUUAUGCGAAAUUUGAAAAUCCAUUCGAUUCACCUCACGUCCCUGCCGGACAACACUGACGACGACGACGAGUCCCCGAGCCGACCCAAGCUCGUCAAAUUCUACACCAACACACCUCACAUUCUCGGUUUCGACGAAGCGGACGGCGCACCCCCGACGCAGGAGGUGACCUUGACGGAAAAAGACUGGAAUCCCACAACCGGCACCGCCAAGAUAGAUUUGCGCAUCGUCAAGUUCCAAAACGUUUCCAGUAUGGUCAUGUUCAUAGUUGAAAGCGAAGGUGACAACGAGAAGGUCAGACUGGACCGGAUACGAAUCAUUGGCGAGACUGGAGAGAAGAGGGACGGCAAGAUCGAAAAGGUCGCAUCUGAUGAGUGAAAAAACCCCAAGGACGAGGGACAAGAAAGAAAGAAAUGUUCAUGAGAUAUGAGGAACGAUCACAUGCAAAAGAAGGACAGGAACAAGAACAUGAAUUUGGAGAGACAGAGAGCCAUUAGACUUUGAAACAGAAGUACUUUGUGUUAUGUGGACAAAAAGGGAAUUCAAAUUAGAGUCGAGGAAUGCAAUCAUUGCAUCAGAUAGAGGUGCUUUAUUACUGUACGGAGUAGCAUCUUCAAGGAGACAAUCAAAUACUGCAUAGGUACAGCAGCCUGAGGACAUUCUUUU